AUGGGAUCCAAAUUUGAUAUUGGAAUGAUGGCUUUUUUAGAUCGUGUGCAACAGUUUACAGAAAAAGUUGAAGAGUUGGAAAAAAACAAUAAGAUUUUCAAGUUUCCAUAUAGAAUUUUUAAUGGAAAAAUUGAAGAUUCUGAUAAUAUCAAGUACACCUUGAGGGCGAAAAUUUUUAGCGAAGAAUGGACUAAAGCCCUCAAAUAUAUAUUAAUGGACCUCAAAUGGGGCCUGGCCUGGGUGGCUUCACAAUUUGAUAGCAAUGGAGAGGAAAUAUUACCUGUUCAUCCUGUAGUUUAA